AUGGUUAGGACUAGAGGCUUAGGUCUUGCCUUAGUUAGGAUUAUUGGCAGAGCUUUAGGGAGAGAGGAUUGUCAUGAUUCUAGUGAUGCUCCCCAGCAGCGAAGGCCUACCGCAUCGGCACGUAGGCAACGGGGAGUUGUCCUUGUUGCCGAGGAUGAGCCUGUGCUACCUGCGGACGAGCCUGUGGUACCUGUGACUGACCCUGUGGUAGCUGCCAAUGAGCCUAUGGUAGAUGCAGACGUACAGGACACUGGUGCAAACACUGGUGUAGAGGCUGCUGCAGAUGAGCCUGAGGGCUUUCUAGGUGGACUGCGUGACGCAUCGGUGCUUACCGAGUAUGCUGACCAUGUUGCAGCUAGCGUAUGGAGCGGAGAGGAACGACCUGAAUUGAAGUUAUCCUCCCAUGGGAGGAAGGUGCAGAAAGUAGGUAGGCCUAUUCAUGCAAUUAAGGGGUUAGUUGCUAGCACAAGACUAAGUCAUCUGAUCACGUGUUCAGUAGACACUGGUGAUCAGGAACUUAUAUUCUCGUUUAUGGAGAGGUGGCACAGGGAGACUAGUAGUUUUCAUCUUCCCAUGGGGGAGGUUACCAUCACCCUUGAUGAUGUGGUGUCUCUUCUUCAUCUUCCCGUUGAGAGGCAGCCAGGGCUGAGACAGGACAUUGCCAUGGACCAUACGUAUGCCUAUCUUGGCUACGAGAUAUAUAGUGCAACCCAUGUUCAUGUUGUCUUCUUAGACACUUUGCAAGACCUCAGUCAGACUGGGAGGUAUGCAUGGGGAGCUGCUGCCCUGGUGCAUAUGUAUGAUCACUUGAAUGAUGCUUGUAUCAACAGCAGCCGACAACUUGCUGGUUACGCCACCUUGUUACAGUGUUGGAUAUAUAAGCACUUUCCGUCAGUUGCGGAGUGCAUCGCUGAUCCGGACUACGAUGAGGUGUCUCCACAUGCAUGUCGGUGGAUUUCUAUGAAGAAGACUGUGAAGACCAUAUCUACAAAGACCUACAGGCAGCAUCUGGAUCGACUUAGGAUUCUUGAUGUCUGCUGGAUGCCUUAUGGGGAGCAUCGACUAGUCCGAGAAUUUCAAUUGAUUUCAUGCUUUUUCGGUCAGCUCCGCUGA